AUGGCGCUGAGUGCAUGUGUCGUUUUUGCCGUAUCCUUGGCUGAGGUCAUCUGGUGUCUCUGUCGGGUCUUCCAACACGGCGCGAUCUCGACCUCUCGGACUUGGCAGCCAUCCGGUAUGCUGGCCGUUGCCGUGCUCGGGGCUUGCGCCCUCGUCGCCGACAGGGCCGGGGCUGCUCGGCGCUGCGGGAAGCAGCGCAGAGCGGAGGAGGCCGCGCUGCUCCUGAAGGGAGCCCAGGUGGGCGCGGCCGCUGCCUGGUUCGCUAUCGCGGCGUCCCUGCCGGGCGUCCGAUGGGAGCCGGCCGCAACGGGCGCUCUCGCGCUGCCCUUCGCGGCGGUGCUGCUGGGCGCCGCGGCGCAGCAGCUGCACGUGCUGGGCGGCGGCACGAGCGUCAAGGAACUCCUCCGGCAGCCCACGGGCGGCGCGGCCGCGGACAGUCCCCCAGCGGCGUGGGCCGCAUCGAGGAUCGCCGCCUUCCUGGCGCGGCCGGUGCCUCCCUCGCUGGUGCCGCUCCGCGCUGGGCUGCAGAGUCGGGAUUCGGGGGCAUCGGAAGAGGAGGACGAGAGCUCGGGGAGCGGCAGCGGGCGAUGCUGCCAGCGGGCGUGCCCGAGCUCGCAGGGGAGCGGUUCCGAUUCGGAGUCGGAGGACGACCGCUCCAGGCUGCUCGGCGAUGGCGAGGGCGGAGUGCCGCGCCCCGGGGCGUGA